UCAUGUUGUGUUAUCGUAAACACUCUCUAUUUACCAAAAAAUAUCAUAUCUUCAAAUAUGACAAUGAAAUUCACUUAGGAGAAGUAAAAUUUUAUUUAAGUUUUAGACCACUACUAAAAUAAAAUAUACUAUCAAUCUUACUCCUUAAACUAUGAUUGAUUGGUCAAUUAAUCAUUAAACCAAAUAACUCAAUGGAUUUUGGUUAAUCUGGAAAAAACAAUAGAAGUUCUUCUUGAUGGAUGCAACAACUUGUAAUUUGUUCAAAUAAACUCUUAAUGGCAUUGUGACCUAUGGAAAACACUAAAUUCUUUAUGAACCCAUCCAAUCAUUAUUACAUAGUUCUUUUGGUUCUGUAAUUAUUUCUAUAUUUCAUAGAAAUAAUAGCUUGUAAAAAUGAAAUAUCUUAAUUCAAGAGAUUCAUAUAUGUGUAAAACCAUUUAAAAAUCUCUACAAUAUACUGAUGAUGUAAAAUAAUAAAUAAUAACCUAGGAUUUCUAUUAUCAAAUUGAAAUCCUUUAAUCAUUAAAUCAUACAAACAUAUUAAAGUUAAAAGAAGUAUAUAAUAGCAAUAAGAAUUAUCAUUUUGUCUUUGAUUUCCCUGAAGGAGGUUCCUUGGCAGAUCUAAUUAAAACAAAAUAAUUAUAAUUUAAAGAAGUGUAGUUAAUAAUUAGAGUAAAUUUUAUAAUUACUCUAGUAAUUGAUAUCAACCAUCUCCUUUAUUCAUUCAAAAGGCUAUGUUCAUAGAAACUUAAAACCAGAACAUAUAUUCUUUAAGGAAUCAAAUAAUUUAGAAAGUCUACUCAUUUCAGAAUUUGAAUUGGGAUGCAGACUAGUUGAUUUCCAAAAUAAGUAAUUAAUUUCGUUUUUACUACUUUUAGACAUCCUAAUUGUAGAGUUCAUGGUUACACUGCACCUGAAAUUAAAUCCAAAAUAUUUACAUAAAAAUGUGAUGUCUUUAGUUGUGGUGUCAUUUUAUACAAAAUGUAUCUUCUUUUUAUUUAAAUAUAGUUUAACUAGAAAAGAUUUGUUUGAUCAUGAAUCAAUCACUUAUGAUGAAAAAAUGAUGUUACAUUUGAUCAAUCAAUCAGACAUAGAUCCAUAAUACUAGAAUUUACUAAGAAAAAUGCUUCAAUUCAAUCCAGAACUGAGGGCAACGGCAGAUCAAUGUUUAACCAUAAUUGAUGCAAUCUUAGAAAGAACUCCUACAUUCUCUAAUUUUCUCGAUAGGUUCAAUUUAGAUAUUAUUUAUCUAAUAUAUUUGUGA